GCCUGCGCAGAGUUCUCUGACCACAGCUCACACCCGCUGUCUCUGCGCCGGGCUCCGACCGGGAGGCGAUCACUGAGCGGCGUAGGGCCCCGCCCCGGGCUCCAUUGUUGAGGCAGCCGGCUCUCCGCGGGCUGCGUUCCUUUCCGCCGCCCUGAGCGCACGAGCACCUAGAUCCUGAGGCUCCUAGUCCACCUGAGGCAAGGGACGUUUAUCCUGAUAGCAAUGAGGCAGCGUGCUCUUGUGGUUAAAGGAACUUCGCAGCCCCAUGGCCAGCAAGUGACACAGUAGACCAAUCACAGAAAGGUGGAAUCUCAUGGAUCCUGGCCCCAAACGGACUCUUUCUGAAAAAUACAAUGGAAGAGUUAAUAGUUGAACUUCGCCUUUUUCUGGAGCUCCUGGACCACGAGUACCUCACAUCAACUGUCAGAGAGAAAAAGGCUGUGCUUACCAACAUCCUGCUGCGAAUACAGUCAUCAUCCAAGGGCUUUGAAGUGAAGGACCAUGCUCAGAAGGCAGAGGCCAACAGCCUGCCAGCACCUCCCCAGAUGCCUCUGCCUGAGAUCCCUCAGCCAUGGCUGCCUCCUGAUAGCGGGCCUCCACCCUUACCGACGUCCUCUCUCCCAGAGGGUUACUAUGAGGAAGCCGUGCCGCUGAGUCCUGGAAAAGCUCCAGAGUACAUCACAUCAAAUUAUGACUCUGAUGCCAUGAGCAGCUCCUAUGAGUCAUAUGAUGAGGAGGAGGAGGACGGAAAAGGGAAGAAAACCCGGCACCAGUGGCCUUCGGAGGAGGCCUCUAUGGAUCUGGUGAAAGAUGCCAAGAUCUGCGCUUUCCUGCUGCGCAAGAAACGCUUUGGCCAGUGGACCAAGCUGCUCUGUGUCAUCAAGGACACCAAGUUGCUGUGCUACAAAAGUUCCAAGGACCAGCAGCCUCAGAUGGAGCUGCCGCUGCAAGGAUGCAGCAUCACAUACAUCCCAAGAGACAGCAAGAAGAAGAAACAUGAGCUGAAAAUCACCCAGCAAGGCACAGACCCGCUGGUUCUCGCCGUCCAGAGCAAGGAGCAGGCUGAGCAGUGGCUGAAGGUGAUCAAAGAGGCCUACAGUGGCUGCAGCGGCCCCGUGGAUCCAGAGUGUUCUCCCCCACCCAGCGCCAGUGCCCCCGUGAACAAGGCAGAACUGGAGAAGAAAUUGUCUUCAGAGAGGCCCAGCUCUGAUGGAGAAGGUGCUGUGGAAAAUGGAGUCACGUGUAACGGAAAAGAACAAGUGAAGAGGAAGAAAUCCGCCAAGUCAGAUGCCAAGGGAACUGUGUCCAAGGUCACCGGGAAGAAAAUCACCAAGAUCAUUGGUCUGGGGAAGAAGAAGCCAUCCACGGAUGAGCAGACAUCAUCCGCGGAGGAAGAUGUGCCCACCUGUGGGUACCUAAAUGUGCUCUCCAACAGUCGCUGGCGCGAGCGCUGGUGCAGAGUGAAGGACAGCAAGCUCAUUUUCCACAAGGACAGGUCUGACCUGAAGACCCACAUCGUCUCCAUCCCUCUCCGUGGCUGCGAGGUGAUUCCCGGCUUGGAUUCCAAGCACCCGCUGACUUUCCGGCUGCUUCGCAAUGGACAGGAGGUGGCUGUGCUAGAGGCAUCGUCCUCUGAAGACAUGGGCAGAUGGAUUGGCAUCUUACUGGCUGAGACGGGGUCAUCAACAGAUCCGGGAGCCCUGCACUACGACUACAUAGAUGUGGAGAUGUCAGCAAAUGUCAUACAGACGGCCAAGCAGACCUUCUGCUUUAUGAACAGGCGGGCAGUGUCCACGAGCCCAUACCUGGGGAGCAUCUCCAAUGGCUACGCCCACCCCAGCGGGACAGCACUACACUACGAUGAUGUCCCCUGUGUCAACGGCUCGUGGGACAUGGAUGGCGGCUUUCCUGGCUGUGGGAGCGGAGGCCUGGCGGACGAGGUGCUUUAUGAUAACGCGGGCCUCUACGAUAACUUGCCAUCGCCGACAAUCUUUGCUCGAUCCUCUCCUGCUGACCGGAGGGCGUCUCGGCCACCCGCUGACAGGCUGUCCUCUAACCACUACAAAUCCCCCACCUCCUGCAGCCCACCUUGCUCCCCACCUGUCACUAACACCUCUUCUGUGGGGAGGGCAUCUCUCGGGCUGCACUCCCAGUUGAAGAGCAAGAAGCCUCCAGUGGCAUCUAAUGGGGUUCCUGGAAAGGGGAAGGCUCCAAGCAGCCAGCAAAAAAAGGUGGAUUCAGCAGGUGGCGUGAAACGGACAGCAUCCAAUGCUGACCAGUACAAAUAUGGUAAGAACCGGGUGGAAGCAGACGCCAAGCUGCUACAGUCCAAAGAGGAGGAGCUGCUGAAGAGGAAAGAGGCCCUGCGGAACAGGCUAGCACAGCUCCGGAAAGAGAGAAAGGACCUGAGGGCCGCCAUCGAAGUGAAUGCAGGCAGGAAGACCCAGGUGGCCCUGGAGGAGAAGCUGAAGAGGCUGGAGGAAGAGUGCAAGCAGAGGGAGGCAGAUCGGGUCAGCCUGGAGCUGGAGCUGACUGAGGUCAAGGAGAGCCUGAAGAAGGCCUUGGCAGGUGGCGUCACCCUAGGACUGGCCAUCGAGCCCAAGUCGGGGACAUCAAGUCCACAGUCUCCUGUGUUUCGGCAUCGGACUCUGGAAAAUUCUCCCAUCUCCAGCUGUGACACGAGUGACGCUGAGGGGCCCCUGCCUGUGAACAGUGCAGCCGUCCUGAAGAAGAGCCAGCCAUCCUCAGGCAGCUCCCCUUGCCGUGGGCACGUGCUGCAGAAGGCCAAGGAGUGGGAGCUGAAGAAUGGGACAUAGAGAGAGACCAGCUGCACCCAGACAGAGACGGCAUACUGCCACCAGCCUCAAGUGUGACAUGUGUGCCUCCCAAAGUGCCCUGAGCAUGAUUUCAGAAGUUUGGACUGAGUCUGAUGCUGACCCGUGGCCAACCUGUGUGCGCACUUCCUACUGUACGACGGUGCCCUUUAGGAAAGUUUACUUUACGACUUUGGUGUCCAAAUUUACUUGUUAAAAAGCAGAAACAAAAGGGGUUGACAAGUUGUUCUGAAGUACCCUCUGGCAGAUGGGGCAGUCAAGGUUCUGAGGACCACAGCUCAAGCCUAGCUUGGACCAUGUGUCCCUGUGAAAUGGAGCGGCACAGGCCUUCACCACGUGCAGCCAGAGCCGCACACAUCGCCCUGUUGCCAGAGGGUCCUGCUCUGUGGCAGCAUGAACGCCUUGUGUCUCUGUAGCCCCACACCCUACCCUGCCUGCCCCCUUGUCACUGGAGGUGAAGCCAUGAGGAAUAGUGCUGUGAAGCGAUUUUUAAGGUUUGAUUUUGUUUUUGGAUACAUACUUUUGUCACCAGGAUGGAAAAAUUAUCAUUCUUUUUACUAGUGUUUUUCAUUUGUUCUCUUUUAAAGAAAAUGUCCCUUUUUUAUCAUGGCUAUGCUUGGAUUUUAGGGACUUUUCAGAGACCCUGUUUCCCAUUUUAUGAUGUAUUUUGAGAGGCAGCACAGAACUUUAAGUCCUUGGCUAGUAGUUACCCCUUCCCCUUGACCUGAGACCCCAGCCUCCCCUGCUACUGGGCAGGAACUCCUCAGCCCAGAAGGCGCACUGGUAGAUCUAACAGUCCAGGCCAGAGCUUCCUUUGGAAACAGAGUAGGUUUGAGAACCUAUAGUCAAGCCUGGACCAUCUUUGAACGGAGAUGAAUCUUUCCAGAGCACUUCCCUCUAGUUUAUAGUUGAAGCCGUGGGAUCACAGGUGCACUGCCAUGCCAAGGUUCUGGCUGUGUGGGCCUCCUCCACUGUCCUGCCUACUCUGUGCACUGUUUCCUGGAGAGUUCAGAUGCUCAAUAUGUUCAGCCUAUAGCUUGUGGGCUUCCAGGGUCUAGACCUUUCCACUACAGAGAAUUGCAGGCAGUCAAGGGGAGUUAGCCAUCUCUGCAGACUAGUUCAGGGCCAGUUAUACACAGUUAUACACAGGUAAUUGGCUCAUUCCUUAGACCGAGGACCUGGUGAUGCUGUGCAGGAGGCAGCCUUCCCACCACAGCCCAGAAUACCCUUUGCACACACAGAAGAAAAUUUCCUGGGCUCUCUGUAGAGAUGCCUUUUGGGCCUGCUCUCUGGGCAGCCUUCAUGGCUAGGGUCUGUGCUCUAUGCUUCAGCCCUGCAGCAGCUGUCUUAGAGUCACCAAAGAGCAGCAAGGUGGCCACCGGUGUACAGGGACAUCACACCAGCAUCUGAAGCUGCUCGGCUGGAGGUCCUCCUCAAGCUAGACCAGCGUAGAGCUGCUUGCCAGCUGUCUGAUGGUGCUUCACUCUAGUGCCUUCCUCCACAGGGCAGUUAGGAAACCGUGUAGAAGGACCUGGAGGAGGAUACAGGCUGCUCAUGGAGCAGCAAUUGGGGGAGCCCCUUGGGUCAUCACAGGGAGCUGUGACCAUUUUGUGUCACGUGACAUUGGUGCCCUGAAAGGAAAGAGUUUGAGCUGCCAUAUACUUCUGCUGCCUGUGGGUCUCUGAGCAGCGCUUUUGGCCACUCUGAUGGUAGCCUGCUUUGCCAGGAAAUCUGUGCCAGGCUUUGAUGGUUUCCAAGACAAGGAGAACAUGCCCAACUUAACAUCCAGUUCUGGCCAGCUUAGAGGGACAUCUGCAAUUGAGUGGAGGAUGUUAGUGGACCACCGUGUCUAGCAAAUAAGCCCCAGAUGAGCUUGACCUGAUGAAGACGUGGUAGGCUCCAGGCCCCUCCUGUUCAUGUCUUGUGCUAAGAAACCUAGGCUUGUGAUUCACUUGGCCCUGAUGGAUCCUGGAAGUUCCACAGAGCCGCAUAAGGUAGGUCCCAGGGAAGGCAAGGCUCCUGACACAGGGUUCUGCUGUCCUGUGUUCCCCUUCAUGUUCUUAGAUUUGGUCAGAAAGCUAGUUUAAAACAUUUGCUUCAAAAUAAGUUAUUUAUUUGUAUAUGUUCAAUAAAUAUAGUUUUAAUUUAUAUAUGUACAUAUUGGACACCCAUGAGACAUCCUGUCAGGAUUCUCAGUGUUCUCAUUCUAUGACCCUCCCAAAGCCACAGGCGUGACCCCAGCCAUCGGUGGCACAGGUUUGCUUUGUGUGGAACCAGGUGGGCAGAGGGCCGAGCCAGCCCCUUUCUGUGAGCUACUGGGUCUCUGGACCAUGGGAGGUACCCCACCUUUUGGGACUUCUCUUUGUCUGAGGCCACAGUGUUUCUUGGGGUCUACUUUUGUCACAAUUUGGCAAAGACGUCGUCAGGUUUCACACAGUCCCCUCCACUUUCAUGUCCGUUCACCAACUAACACUUCACAUACAAAUACCAUGCUGGCCUGUGGGCUUGCUGUGGUCCCUGCCUGGGGCACAGGUGUGAACCCUCACUGUCACACAGUCUCAUGUACCAGUGUUCUUUCAAGGAUGAGCAUGGGUCAGUCAGGUCCUAGCAGGUACCAGGAUGACCUGCAGGCUGGGUAUGGGCCCACUGCACACAGAAUCUCCCGGAGUCCUUGCUGCUGCCCUGUCUCUUCAGUAUGCAUGCCUUGUACUGAGAACUGCCUCACCAGCUGUCCACCUCAUCUGUCCGCUUGCCCAAUUUGCUUUUGGUUUUUUCUUUGUCACUAAGCCCAUGCUAAUGGACUGGAGAAUUGGUACUUUGAAAAGCAAUGUCCCAGGUCCCGAGGCCAACAAGGAAGGUUUCCACUGUGUGAGGACUGCAGUCCUCCAGUUAGAAUUCACAUGCAAGCAGCAACAGGAGUGUCCCUGGUCUCUCCUCCCAAAGACAGGGGACACCCAUACCUGCAACAGCCUACCAGCAGCUGUUAUCAUCCUGUGCUCCAGGGAUACCUGAGCCAAGCAAGUGAGUCCUCCAUUCACACCCACCCUCGCCAGCAGACAGGACGCCCCCAAGGUCCAUUCUAUGGGUGUGACAACAUCAAAAUGAUCGACUGUUGCCCUUCUCCUCCUCAUCUUCUUUUUUCUAAAGUACUCUUAGACCAGAAACAUUUCAAACCCAUGACGUAUUUUUAAAGUAAUUGAAUGUCUGGGUCCUGUUCCCACUGACAUACUGAUAACCACACCAGCGGGCAGGUUUCUACUGUGAAAUAAACUGAAACUAACAAUAAAACUCCUGUGCUGUCUGCACUCAACUCGGCCCCAGGAAGAGGCUGAGCAGUGUGUGGCCACGUCGAUGGCAUGGGAAGUCCACUCCUUAGUUUUGAAGGGUAUCCUUUGCCAGUAGUUGAGGACAAUACUGGUUUUGGAAACCUCAGUUUCCCACACACCGGGUUGGAUUAUCCUUUCAAAGAGGGGUCUUCAAUUCAUAACUCUUAGGGACCAAAGGUGUUUCUAAAAUAAUAAUGUUCUUAAUUGAUUUUCUAACAAAGUUUUACUUUACAUUUUAACACCAGUUUUUACAUUCUAGUUAUUCCAAAUGAAUUGCUCGUGGCUCUAAGUUGUAAGAUGUUUUUCAUGUUAUGAAUGUAAUUAUUUCCUUAUUGUAUUUUUUAAAAAACUAAAGUCAUAUUUAAAAUAAUCUUGGAAAGACACAGGCAAAGAAAAGAGAAAGUUUUUUUAAUAACUAUGUUGGUAGCCCAUUUGAAAUGACUGUAAAUAUAUUUUGAUUGUGCAACUCAAUGUAUUUAAUUCAGAAAGUAAAAAUUUUUAUGCAAAGAGACUUGCAAUGAAAAAUCCUAGUUUUCAGCCCAUUCCCCCCCCCAUUUUGUAGUCACUUCAUCCAACCUUUCUGCUUUCCUUACUGAUUUUUCUACUGUUGUAACUAUGUACCCAUUGACGGGCGCCCAUUGGCGGAACUUGUUUGUGUAUUAAUAAAACUGUGCUGUGAGGCCCAGCCUCAUGUCCUCCUGACAGCGGCUUACAGUGCAGUCCAAGACUUC